CGGAGGAGGAAUGCUCGCCUGACCCCUUUGGGGAGUGCCAGAGACCCACACGCGCGCCCCAGCGGCUCUUUCGCUUUUCCACAGGCUCUGGCCAGGGGAGGGGACCGGAUCCCACCUGCCCCUGCCUCCUGCUGCACCAUGAGUGGCUCCUUUGACAAGAAGAUCACCAGCAUCCUGACCGACCUCUCCAGCUCCCUGAGCUGCUCCAAGGAUUCCCCCACCUUGCCCGAGUCCUCGGUCACCGACCUGGGCUACUACAGCACCCCCCACAGCCAGCACGACUACUACCCCAGCCAGCCCUACAGCCAGCCUGUCAACCACUACUCCUACCACCACCAGUUCGGCCUCAACGGGCUCGCGGGGGCUGGGACUUACCCCCCCAAGGCCGAGUACCCCUACAGCCCCUCCUACAGGCAGUAUGGGCAUUUCAGGGAGCAGCAGCUGCCGGCCCAGGAAGCAGUCUCAGUGAAGGAAGAACCGGAACCGGAGGUGAGGAUGGUCAACGGGAAACCCAAAAAGAUCCGGAAGCCCAGAACCAUUUACUCCAGCUACCAACUGGCGGCUCUGCAGAGGAGGUUUCAAAAGGCUCAGUACCUGGCGCUCCCCGAGAGAGCCGAGCUGGCAGCUCAGUUGGGGCUGACGCAGACGCAGGUGAAAAUCUGGUUCCAGAACCGGAGAUCCAAGUUCAAGAAGCUCUACAAAAACGGGGAAGUACCUUCAGAACACAGCCCCAAUAACAGCGACUCCAUGGCCUGCAAUUCUCCACCUUCUCCUGCCCUCUGGGACAGUAACUCUCACAGCAACCCCUCCAGCAGGAACCAACUCCCCCAGCAGCUCCCCUACGGCUCUUCCCCAAGCUACCUGGAAGAGCAGCACAACCCCUGGUACCACCACCAGAACCUCAGUGGACCUCACUUACCGCAUCAAGCUUUGUCCACUAACACCAUGCAUCAUACAUCUCCCGGGCCUCCCAAUCCGGGGGCCGUGUACUAACCUCCGGCCUCCUCGGACUAGGGGAGCAAGAGGAAAUCGUCACCACCGCGGCCGGACCCUUCUUAAACCAUGGGUUUGUUUCCAGGACAAAGGCAGACACACACAAACAUUCCAGCCUGUCUCAUGACCAGCAGAGCUGCAAAGGGUUAAAAUGAUCAGAGGACGACCCACAAGCGAGACAGGAGUGGCAGCGGGUGGGGGGCAGGGUAGGGGAAGAGGUUUUGGAUUUUUAUUUUUCGGGAAAGAUUCAGAAUUGCCAAUUCCUUUUCACCCCACCCUGACUUUCCACGGGGUCCCCGGGGUCCCUGGCCCCCCUGCACCAUCAUCCCACCCACCACCGCCAGCCACAGUGAAUGGGAAGUUUCUUCCAUCUGGAGCUCUCUGCCAGAGACUCACCUCUCGUCUGGACAGAGGCCAAGAGACACGACUCGUCUCCAAGCGUCCAAGAACAGCACAACUGGUUUUUUUACCUUCCCGGGUGAGCUGUUUGUGGGGUGUCUCCUUGAGGACUCUGGAAGAACAUCUCAGCUGGCGGGACUUCAAAAAACCACUUGGCUUCAUCCACAUCGGGUAGGAUUUUUCUACACGCCCAGAUGAGAGAGAGGGAGAAAUAAUUGUCUCUGCGUCUUCCCUCUCAUCCACCCUUGCAAGGGUCAGACUGGAGAUGAAAGCACAAUUUAAGCUAAAUGCAAUAAGAGGUGCCACACUUUGUAGUCUUUAAAAAAAAUUCUCUAUAUUCUAAAUAAAGUCAAUUCUUAGCUAUGUCUAUUGUACAGAACUGGACACUAUAUAAACAUUUAAUAACAUUCUUGAAGGGACCAUUGUUAGAGAGUGUAAAUCUAGUUCUACUCCGGGUUUACAGAGCAGAAUUUUGUGUUAGCUCAUCAGCUGGUGCAAACUGGAGUUCCAGAAUCUCAGUACUGGAUGAGGGCCAGAUUCUGAUCUCAGUAACACCAGUCUAAAUCCAGAGUUACUCCAGGGUUAGAGGAGAAUUUUGCCCCUCUGGGCCAGAUUCCCAAUUGGUGUAAUUCUGCAUUGAGAUCAAGGGAAGUCACACUGACUUAUGCGAGUUGAGACCCUGACCUUGUGUUAGGAUUCUCGGAAAAUAAAUAGAGGUUAUUUA